AUGGCAACAUACUCUCCUCAUCGUGAGGAUGGGGAAGCCGUCCAUCUACAUUCGCCCAAAGGAAUCCCACAUUUCGAUCCUCAGUCCGCCAUCCGGGAAAUACGGCGAUCAUUAUCACGCUCGCCUUCAAAGGGUUCAGAACUUCGCCAGUAUCCAUUUCGAUCACCGAGCUCCGGCAAUCUUCCCUUCUCACCCUCCCCACUCUCGCCUUCGAGAAAGUCCACCUCUGAAAGCCUCCUCCACAUUUCCAAUAUGGUGUCUCCUCAUUCGAAUCGGGGACCACAAGGACCACGAUUCCAACGUCCUAUUCUGCGACGCACUGCGCAGCCCCACGGCAUAACCCGCAUCCGAACUUCACCCAAAAGCCCGUCAAAACGAGUUCUGGCCGACUCAAGCGACAGUGGGAACUCGUCACCGAUGCCCCUGCGAAAGAGGAGCUCAGGCGAGGCGGAGCGUGAAGUCGCCCUCAAAGCCUUGACUACAGGAGACAGCAAGGAGAAUGACAGGUCUCCAGAAGGCAAGUUCGGCAGGAAGGCGGCGCAGACUCGACAGGAGAAGAGACGAAGUGGUGGAGCAUUGAUCACAGCCGUUGCUCCUCUCAGUCCUAUGAAGAGAUGUGAUGGUCCAGCAAUGGACGGCGCGCCGGGUCUGGAGAGUCCCUCGGCAAAGAGGCGGAGUCUACAUGGCCCUGGGCUCGACUUCAGCAUAUUCGAAUCUGACAGCUUGGAUGGCGGGAUGUUUAACGACAAACGUUCUCAAGAUGACAGCGACUGGUUUGCCAGCACCACGCCUUUACCAUCGUCUCGGUUUUCCACAAUCCCUAAGCGGUCAUCGUCUCUGCGGAAAUCGACACUUCAACAACGACAGCUCGAACGUCCGAGCAACUUGAAAUUCAAUCAGAUCAUGGAUUGGGACCAGUCGUGGGUAGAGGCAACACCCGUUACAAGCUCAAAGAAGGGUUUACGUCUGUCUUUGGACAACCAUCUUCAACCUUUGCCACGAGACAGUCCUUUUUCAAGCCAGGGAAGCCUACUUAGUGCCUCCAUCCAUCCUAUCGGUUCCAGUCAGAACAGCUUCUCACAGCAGCAGCCUCGACAUCCGCUGUCGCGGACGCUAACUCAGUCAUCGUCGCAACCUAGCGAACAGGACGAUUCACCUACCCAUGAACCGGCCCAUCGACCAAAUAGACCUCGAUCCCAUGACUUCUCCAAAUCUUUGCCCAUCGGCGCCUCAAGACCAGUGCCCUCGCCCGAACAGAAUGAACAGUCCUCUCAAGGUUCGUUUGCAACUCCGGGGAACUACAAGGCCGCCAAACCUUUACCUGCUGCCUUCAUGUCGACCGGCCUGAUUUCAAAGAAGAACCGCAAUGUCGAAGACCCCAAUGCUGGCUUACCAAAAGCCCACAUGCCGGAUACUCCCUGCAAGAAACAACCGAUGAUUUUCCCGACUGACUCCAAUGCUGUAGCCAACCGAGCGCAUCGACAAUCUUUUGGCGCGGCUGUAACUCCACUUGAGGCGCACCAUGGCCCUUCCAAGAUCUCAGCAUUUCCCUUUGCGAAAAGCGUGGGGAUCUUUGGUACUCGUUCCAGUAAGCACAACUUGCUCAGGGAAGGAAGCUUUGCGCCUAUCGGAGGUGAAGACAAGAUAUCUUCUCGCUCUCCCCUGAGCCGCGCCAAUAGUCAGUCGACCGAGUCUGACUACCCACCAACUCCGACCAAGCAUAUCACAGAUUCAACAAGUCGCGGCUCUGUCUCUCCAUCGCCAAACACCUCUAGACUCGCUGUGAACCAAGGUCCCCCCAGUUCGGCCUACGGCACUGGAGUAGCAAGCAGUAAGUUGUCUCCUAUUUUGGCAUCGCCAGGACGCGUCGACGGGGACAGUGACAGUGUGAUGGAGGAUUCUCCGUCCGCCAGCCUGAGACCAAAGUCGACGCCGAACGCCGUUUCAAUCCAGGGUUCCUCGUUCACUCAGGGCCGCCUUUCCAAAAACCUUGGGUUUCCUACGCCGCUAUCGAGGAAGACUCUUUCUGUUCAGAUUCUACAAUCACCUGCGUUGGAACGUGCUAAGAUGUCAUCCAUUUCUCCAGUUAGCCCCAGAUUAGAUAGAUUCGACCGAGCGUCACCUCAUACCCCUCUCGAGAGCUUUUUCCCUCCAGACCCAAGCGGUCUCUCUAUUUCUGGCCGUGCUGAACGUCCGGCGACUCGACACGAACACGGACCAGCAUCGAUAAUCCCUGCCACGCCGACUGCACCGCGGGAGUAUUUUUCGAACUUCUCCAACCGCCCCAGCUUGAACCUUGCCUCGGCGGAGGCGUCGAACGUUGACAGCAGCCUGACGUCCAGAUUCGAGAAGGUCGACCUCAUCGGCUCAGGAGAAUUCUCGCAGGUGUAUCGCGUGUCUCAACCGCCUGAGGUAUCACCCUACCACAAGAUCUACUCCGUCUCAACAAGCCGCCCGUCAUCCAGAGGAUCUAUGCCCGAGAAGGUGUGGGCGGUCAAGAGAUCUCGAUAUCCUUACACCGGAGCGAGGGAUCGCCAGAGAAAGAUUCAUGAGGUGGAUGUCCUGAAAGCUUUGGGUCAUUCAGACCAUAUUGUGACGUUUGUGGAUAGUUGGGAAGAGCAGGGUCAUUUGUACAUCCAAACAGAAUUCUGUGAGGAAGGUACACUGGAUGUGUUCCUCGCCCAGGUGGGCCUGAAAGCUCGACUUGACGAUUUUCGCAUCUGGAAGAUCCUGCUCGAACUCACUAUGGGCUUGAAGCACAUUCAUGAUUCUGGCUUUAUUCAUCUGGAUCUCAAGCCGGCAAAUGUACUUAUCACCUUUGAGGGGGUUCUCAAGAUUGCGGAUUUCGGCAUGGCAACCCGCUGGCCGGCCAAGGCUGGAAUCGAAGGCGAAGGUGAUCGCGAAUAUAUCGGGCCCGAAGUGCUGAUGGGCCGAUACGACAAGCCAGCAGAUAUCUUUGCCUUGGGCCUGAUCAUGCUAGAAACGGCCGGAAACGUCGAGCUCCCUGACAAUGGUGUAUCUUGGCAGAAACUGCGGAACGGAGACAUGAGCGAUGUUCCAAGCUUGACGUGGAGUUCGGGGACCAGUAGCAUUCUGCGAGAUUCAUCUGGGAAUCCGAUAGCGAUGGAGCUACCUUUCGACCCCGACCAAGAGUACUAUCAACAAGAUGUCGAGGUUGUUGAGAGCGAGCAGGACGAUGCGAUGGCGGCUCCGGAUGACCGCAAACCUCUACAUCAUCCCCGAAGCGGCGAAUUGGUCACUCCGCCUCAAUUCAUGGUCGACCCAUCACACGAACAAGCGCUCGACCGAGUGGUGCGGUGGAUGAUAUCUCCCAAUCCCAAUGAUCGUCCUCUGGCGAGCGACGUGCUCAGCACCGAAGGUGUCCGAUGGGCAGAAGCCAGACGGCGGGCGGGAGCGACCGUGUUUGAAGGCAAUUGGGGACCUGCAGACGAGGUUCUUGCCGAGGACGCCGAAAUGAUUGAUGUUUGA